ACAGGUAUAUAAGCCAAGCGUUGUCCAGGUGUAUUCAGUCAACGUCAGGUGCUCUCAGCGUGACAAGUCCUUCACUGCUCCCCCGCGUCCUGUACACUACUCUAGGAUGGCUUUCAAGGCUCUGUUGACCGCAGCUCUGUUGGCCGCGAGUGAAGCCAAUUCGCCUGCUCUGCAAGAAGCCACAAGCAAUGAAGGUCGCUUCUUCAUCACGGGCACUGGCAACCCCAACCAGUCUGUAGUCGUGGGAAACGCCAGCCUCGUGCUGCUUGGCCUCCUGGUGGCGGUCAUCGUCGCAGCGCUUAUCGGCGCUGCCUUCUCGGGCCGCGGCAGGGAACUUAUUGGCCUGAAGACUCCGCAUUUUGGCUCAGCUUCGAAUUACGAGAGCUCCUACGCUGUCCACCGCGCCAUUGAGGAGAACGCCAGGAAGCACGAGUAGCUGUCCCCUGCACCACUACCACCGCUCCAUGGACGCCCCCUCAACACAGCCACCGCCGCCCCAUCACCCUCACAUCCUCCAUCCCGGACUAACCUUGGCAAUGCUGAUAUCGAAGUCAUAUUUUUCUCAUUUCGGUUUUUACUUCCUUGUCUCUACCGGUUCAUUUCCCUACCUCAAGGCGCGCCGGCUACCCGGGCGGGCUUCGGGCACAGAUGCCACCACCUUAGCACUCAUUAGAGACUAAUUUAUUGUUGCAUUGUUAAAUAGUGUAAAUAAAGAAACAAAA